AUGGGCAAAAAAUGGUCGGAAUUUCUUGCGGGUGCUGGUCUUUUCAUCUUUAAUGGUGUGGAUUUGAUCGCAGGAAUCUCUCUCUCCAUUUACAGCCUUUAUAUUGGUAUUCAUCACUAUGCUCCUGUCUGUUUUUAUGUGCCUUUGUUUACACUUGGCAGCAUUCUCAUAGUUGCAUCACUUAUGAGCGGCUGUGGAGUAGCAUUUCAAAACUGUUCCGUCUGUAUGACCGUGUCUUCCAAUGUACUGGGAUGGAUUUCUUUGGCUGAAUUGGGGCUGGCUAUCGUCAUUUUGACGCAAGGAAGAACCAUCGACAAGUUCCUACACGAACACAAAAACGAACUCAAGCUCAGUGGAGAUCAAUUGGCUCAAUUCGAGCGUCAUAAGUUUUAUCCGGCCUAUGCAUUGUUGGUGUUGUGUUUGAUGGAAGCUUUGCGUCAACGUUACAGUAUUACACUGCAUCAUGCGCGGCUUCGACGCCAGUACCAGUACGAGAUGCUGAGUUGA